UCAUUUCUGUUGGACAGUUCAGUUUGAAUGACAAAGAGGUUUUAAAAACCAAGCGAGCACCGGAGAGAUGUCUGGGAAUAUCACGCACGGUGCCUGCAGUAGAAUCAAUCAGAAUUUUACGCACAGCCUCCUGCCGGCCGUUUUCAUCAGCGUGUUCAUCGUAGGGACGCUGUCCAACAUCUGGGGGCUGAGGAGCGUGUACAGCAGCUGGAAGAACAUCGGAAACAUCAACAUCUUCAUGCUAAACCUGGGGGUGGCGGACCUGCUCUACCUUUUCACACUGCCGUUCCUCGUUAACUAUUACGCACGCAACAGCGACUGGCAGUUCGGCCAGCCUUUCUGCAAGGUGACACGCUUCUGCUUCAACCUCAACCUUUACGGGAGCAUCGGCUUCCUCACCUGCAUCAGCAUCUACAGGUACCUGGGCAUCGUGCACCCCAUGAGAGUGAUGGGAAAAAUCAGCAGCCGCCACUCUCUGGCCAUCAGCGCUCUGGUCUGGGCUUUGGUCAUUAUUCAGAUUAUCCCCGAUAUGUUCUUUGACAAGAAUGAUGAAAAAUUAGUAAACGCGUGUUUUGACACCACCUCAAACAACCUUACCAGAGACUACCUUCCUUACAGCAUCGGCUGGACCGUCACUGGGUUCGCCUUACCUUUGGUUAUCAUUUUAGUCUGUUAUGGACACAUUGUUGUGGUUCUUGCCAAGAAAGCAAACGUCAACCCUGUGCUGAAGCAGCGCUGCUUGAAACUGGUUGUGUUGAUUAUGAUUCUGUUCUCAGUCUGUUUUAUUCCUUACCACGUGUUUCGAAAUGUUAAUCUGAAAACCAGAAUUUUGAAACAAGAGGGGUUCUGUCACGACAGCUUUGACGACGUCUACAUUGCGCACCAGGUUGGCAGAUGCCUGGCUUGUCUGAACAGCGCACUGAACCCGCUGAUGUACAUUGUUGGAAACGAUGAGUUUAUCUCGAAGCUUCAGAACUUCAGUCAGCGGAUCCAGCUGUCUCUGCCCGGCCUCAGAGGCUCAGUUAUUUACCGCAAACCUGUGGAGACGGACGCAGAGUCGCCGGCAGAGUCAUCAGCUCCGAUCAGAUAAGUCACCGUCGGUUCACCGGAGGAGCGCUUCCGUGCGUCGCAGUCCCUGAACAAUCAGACUCCGCCAGAACUUCCGCAUUACCGGCAACGAAGUCCGGUAAUGAGAGGUGACUGGCAUAUUAGUUGUGUUAUCUGUCAGUGUGGCUUCUUCUUGCAGAUUUAUAUUGAAUCUGCUGAUGGUGAUCUCUAAAGUCAGAACUGGCUCAAAGUCAUGACUUAUCAUCAACUAGUGACACUCUCUCAUAUACAGGCUAAUUUAUUGCACAAGUAUUAAGUAUUGUACCAAGCUGCUGUCUAUAUUUUGUACUUUCUGUGUUGUUGUGUGCUUCAAAGCUGUGAUGUGGAUACAGUGCAGGGAAAGUCCUGCCCAUGUAUUGUGUUUAAGCACUAUGACUUGGUUUUUGAUUUGUGAUAAAUGACACUAGCUUUUGCACUGUUGCAGCUGAGGCAUUUGUUACAUUUGGCCUGGUGUGUAUUUUCCAUGGUUUAUGUAAUCUAACUGGUUUUAACAGAUGCACCACAGCGGCUCCACAGCUUUUGUUCUGACAGUUGUUUAGAGAAACCAGAGAAGGAUGUAAUGAGAGAAAACACCACAGCUAUGUACAAGGAAGGAAUGUACAGCCUGAAGAGGUGCAGGAUAUACCGUACUACUAGUACAAAUACCACUCUGUAAAACGCUUCAUUACAAGUUAAAGUGUUUCAGAUAUCUACUUAAAUAAAUGUACAGCGGUAAUAUCAGCCAAUGUGUGUCAGAAAUUAAAGUGCUUUUUAUUUUUAUACUGUUGGCAUUCUGGACUGCAUUGGUUUGAAAACAUGUGGGAGCUUUAUAACAGUGAACCUAAUGGCAGAGCUUCUGGAUUGGCUGCAUUAGAUUAUGCAGAUUACAGACUGUAUAUAUGCAGAAAAUUUAACCUGCUUUCCACUACUGAUGUCAAGACUAGAUGAGCAUAUGACCAGCUGCUUCCCUCAGUCAUCCUAGCCAAUGUUCAUUACGCAACAAGACAGACGAACUUCAAGCUAACUCGGCGUAUGUGCACAAAUACAGGACUACUGCAAUUUUGGCAUUCACUGAAACCUGGCUAAGCAGCAAUGACUGUGACAGUUCUCUGCAUACAGACGGCUUUGGGACACCAGUGAGGCUCGAGCGUGACAGUCACCUGACAGACGAGACACAUGGUGGCGGUGUGUGCCAGUAUGUCAACAAACGGUGGCGUUCGACUGUGAAAGUGAAGGAGAGACUGUGCAACUCGGACUCUGAACUUCUGGUUGUUUCCCUUCGUUCUUUUUUUUUUUUUUUUUACCUUCCUAGGGAAUUCCCCCAUCUAUUUUUUUUUAUUCUGGUCAACAUCCACCCUAAAGCAAAGGCAUCAGGACGGUGCUUAACAGAUUGGAACUCAUGUCCCCUGACUCUCCAAAAUUCCUCCCAUGUAAUAUAACGUGAUAUUGA